GCAAUGCAGCAAAAGCAGCAAGACGGUGGCCAUGCGAAGCUCGCUCAGGAGCAGCUGCUGCAAGCCAGCACGGAGCUGAUGCACCACAGCCUGGGCUACCUCAACUCGAUGGCCCUAGGGUGCGCUGCCAAGCUCGGCGUUGCCGACGCCAUCCACCGCGCCGGCGGCCGCGCCUCCUUGGACGACCUGCACGCCGCGCUGUCCCUCGGCCCAAGCAAGCUCCCCUACCUGCGCCGCGUGAUGCGGGUGCUGGUCGCCUCGGGCGUCUUUGCGCACGAGCAGGAGGCCGCCGACGUCGACAACGCUGGCGGCGGCGGCGGCGGCUACUACAGCCUCACGCCCGUGUCGUCCCUGCUCGUCACCACCGGCGCCGGCGCCGGCGCUAGCUGCAGGAGCCUUCUGCCGCUUGUGCUCCUCCACCACUCGCCGGCGCUCUGUGUGACGCCGGCCACGGGCAUGGCCGAGUGGCUCAAGAGCGGCAAGGAGGAGACAGCGUUCGAAAUGACUCACGGCGCGGGCCUUUGGAGCGUCUGCAGCCGCACCCCAGAGCUCGGCGAGUUGUUCAAUGACGCCAUGGCGGCCGACUCGACGUUCAUCAUGGACUUGGCCAUCCGUGGCGCAGGCCAGGUGUUCGACAAGAUCACAUCCCUUGUGGAUGUCGCAGGCGGCACCGGCGCGGCUGCGAGGGCGGUGGCCAUUGCAUUCCCUCAUAUCAAGUGCACCGUGCUGGACCUUCCUCACGUGAUUGGUUCCAUUCCGACUGACCACGGAGGUGAUGUUCAGUUUGUUGCAGGAGAUAUGAUGGAUUGCAUCCCCCAAGCUGAUGCACUCCUGCUUAAGUUUGUCCUACAUGAUUGGAGUGAUGUAGACUGCGUCAAGAUACUUAAACAAUGCAAGGAGGCAAUCCCUUCCAGAGAAGCAGGAGGGAAGGUCAUUAUCAUAGAUGUUGUGGUUGGAUCCUCCUCCCAAGCAACGUCCCAAGGAACCCAACUGCUGUUUGAUCUGAUUGUUUCGACUAUGUUACCCGGCAUGGAGAGGAAUGAGAAAGAGUGGUGCAAGAUAUUCAAGGAAGCAGGAUUCACUGAGUACAAGAUAAGCCCGGUGUUAGGUUUUCGAUCCAUUAUCGAAGUCUUUCCAUAGGGCGCCCAAUGCCAUAAUAUGGGAAUUGAGUCCUUGUUUAGUUUGCAUUUUUUUUUUGCAAAAACAUCACAUCGGAUAUAUAGACACACAUUUGAAGUAUUAAAC